AUGAUGCUCCCUUGCCUUCAUAUUUGUUGUUUCCAGGGAGACAAAUACAAAGAUAAAGAACCCACUGCAUUGGAUUUGUUCAAGGAGUGCCACUAUAGCAAGAAAAAGAAAAGCUACACCGAGGUUGUCCAAGCUGCAAUUACCGAGAUGGAAAACAAGGCCUCUCAGCCUACAGAAGAUGGACAAGAAUCAAACUCUAUGACCAAGGCUGUAGCUGAAGUGCUUGCUAACCACACUAAGAAGCCAAGGUUUCUACAGCAUGUGGGGAUCCAGCAUGUCCAUGCGAGAUCUAGCGAUAGCAACUGUCAAGCAGAAUUGGCAAAGAGGGGCAAUGUCGAGCUUCGGGCUCUUGUUGACACCUUGACCAAGCAGUUGAAGGAGUCCGAAGAAGCAAGGAUCAGGCAAGACGAGGAGCACAGGAAGAGAGAUGAGGAGAACAGGAAGAAGCAAGCUGAGAUGGAUGCAAAACUAGACUUUUUGCUAAGUCAGUUGCAAGCAAGAUCAACUCAAGGGUAA